CUAGGAUGUAGUUAAGCUAUAAAGAGUGAACAUGAUUUUCAAAAUCAAUUAAACAUCAAUAAUUGAACAUUAAUAAUUGAGGCUAGAUUUGAAAUUUGUAUAUAAAUGUCCCGGUACACAAAUAAAGUGAUUAAUCCAAGUGAGCGGUUUUCGACAGUUAAAGUCUAAAGAUGAUGUUGGUUUUAUUUGCAGUAGCAACAUUGGUUUGUGAUUUAGUCACUGCGUUUUCAACUGAAGAUACUAGUAGAGAACAUAAUGACUUACCAUUUUUGGGUUCUAUAGUUGGUCCAGUCGUGGACAAAAACAUGAAUAAGAUACAAAUUGAGAGCUUAAUAAACGCCAAAUCAUAUGAAGAUAAAAAAUUCGACGUCUUUUUGAUGUCAGCUGGUGAAACCGAUCCAUUUGUGCUACUAAAAGAAACCGAAGAAAUUGAUCCUGUAGAAACUGACUCACGCGAAGAAUACAGUUCAGGAACUACUGAAACUCCAUUGGACUUCACUAAAAUACAGUCUUUCUCUAAAUCAUACUAUCUGGGAAGACUUUGCCUGAAUCAACCUGGAAGUACGGACUUUCGAAGCCACUUGAAUUAA